AUGCGGCUCCUGGUGGCCUGGGCCGCAUGUCUCGUAUGGUGCCUGUGCUGGGGCGCACAAGCUCAAGUACCCGUACGCGUGAGUCUGCGGCACAAUUGGCACAAUUAUAGUGACAGUGCCACCCAUGCUGCUCCUCUCCUCGAGAUGAUGGAGGCGGCCGGACAAGUGUGGCCUCAUGCCUUCUUCUCGCUCGUUUCUCGCAUUUGGUCCCACCCAUCAGCGGGUGGUGAGCUAAAGGACAUGUCGUAUGAGCGCCUUUAUCAUCACAUGGAAGGCGUCUUGCGGUCGCUAGCCGUUGAUGUGCACGAUGCAUAUCCGGAAAGCCAUCUGGAGGAAUGGCGCACCUUAGUGGCGCAACAUGCACAAGCGGCGAAGGUCGAAUCGUAUUAUCAGAUGUUUGAGGCAGGCUCGAAUCUCCGUUCGCUUAAUGUACCGUGUGAUACGUUUGUGCAUGUAAAUGGCCAUGCCUACUGCUCACUUCCGGCCGCGCGGCAGGCCAUUCAGGCACUAAACACAUCGUCCCCCCUCCUUGCUCACGAUCACGUACACCCAUCGCAUACGGCUCCUGGGCCUUCUCUCGUCCUGUAUGCCGACCCAUACUCCACAAGUAUUCACGAAUUCCACGACAUGCUGCACGCGCUGUCCAGUACGUCGCACGUCAAGUACGUCUUUCGAUGGCGGCCGUCUGUUGCAUCAGUGAAGUCACGUCCCAUGUCGCGCUACUUUUCUGGAUUCGGGACGACGAUGCAUUUAAAAAAGGUGGACUAUCUCGUCUUGGAUGAUAGGCAUAUCGACAAGUCGCACCACGCCGAACUGCCCAUGUCGCAUGAGCCUGAUCGAGUGCGCAUCUUCUCAGACCAGCUUCAAAACAAGCUCCACCGUCUCUUGGGCACGAAAAGGCCUUCCGUGCAAGACGCUGUGACGCGGCACAGCAACCUGACUAUUUCAGAGUUGGCCCAGCUGGAUGUAGCGGCUACACAUGCGAUCUUGUCGUCUGACGAUCCCAUGUCAACGUGGGAGUCUAUUGUGCUAGAUUUUCCCAUUCACUCAGGCACGCUUUCUGACUACAUGGAUACUAUACCCGACGAUGAUACAAUUUUGGAUACUUUGAACAACGUCGAAAAACGGUUGAUAUCACCAGGUAUAACUCAGCUAUGGAUCAAUGGACUUCCUGUGCCUGUCACAGAGCUGCAACCUCUUUCGUUUAUCAAAAGGAUGCAUGACGAACUUGAUCUCAUCGAGGCCUUCGGGGCGUCUGAGCUAGGCAUCUCGCCGGAUGGAGCCGAAAUGAUCAUGGCGAAUCCCAGUGUGAAUGCUGCCUUCGCACCUAUCCAAGCGGCACCGCAGUUCUACGAUGCAAGCGAUGCCCUCGAGUCGAGCUCAGAGCUUGGCAUGCCCGUGAUUGCUUGGGUGAAUGACCUGACGAAUUCCAUGUACGCCGACUGGCCCAAGACACUCAAAGACAUGAUGCGCUACCGUUGGAUGAGUGGACUGCCGCUCAUACAGCAAAACUUUUUCCAACUCGUCGUUCUACUGGACAUGCGUGAUCCUCGGGCUCUUUUGCUUUUGGGCAUGUACUUGGACGCCACACUGAUGGAUUAUGCUAUACGCUGGGGCAUUGUGCCCCUCCUGGAAGACGAAGACUGCCAUGUUCUAGCACAGCUUCUUUGGCUCGGUAUGGAGCAGCUAGCAGCGCUAGAAAUACCCCUCUUCUUGCAAAAGCUUGCCGCGACGCCACUUACACCUGAAGGUCGUGUGGAUCCGAAACAGGCCCGCGCUGUGCUCCGAUCCAUGCUCCCGGCAAGUGCGCAGGAAGACAAUGAGCUGAUGGCCUUCUUGAAUGGUGGCGAACGCAUCUCUGGCUACAAGCGCCUGCUUGAACUGGCGAAAAGCUACUUGGGCCGUCUGCAUACGAUGAAGCGUCCGGGCUCCUCUGGUGUUGCCUAUUUCAAUGGUCAAGAAGUCAGCUUAGAUGAACAUCUCAUAUCACAAGUCUUUGCUGCUACCAAGUACCAGCUGCAGAUGGCAUGGGACGAUAUCAGGGAUGGGUAUAUUGACAGCCAGGAUCGAUACACGCGCUAUUUCUAUGAUCUGCGCGACACAAAAUCGAGACGCUCUGCUCUUGUGACGAUGGUCGAAGAUGCCCAAUCUUUUGUGCGUCCGUCCGUCUAUGUACGCCUGCCAGAUGUGACACGCGAGCUUGGAGAGCAUGCCAGACCCAUCCGCGACUUCUUGUACAGUCCUGGCGACACGAGUGUAUCGAUCCGCCUCUUGGGCGAUCUGAAUGACCGUGCCACGCUCGACAUUCUUCUUCGUGCGCUAGAAGCGAUGGAAACGACUCCUUUUCGCCUUUCGUUUGUGCACACCGGCACAUCAGAUGGUUUGUUGUCUGAAUGGCUCCUGCAGGCCAUGCACGCCGGCGCUUUGUCCAACAUGUCGCACAAUGACUUGUACCACGCACUCGAAUCAAAUAAUCUCGCAGCGUCGCUGGAGAAUCUUCGUCAGAAGUAUCACAUUCCAACGACCAAAUACUCGUGGAGCCAAAUCAGCCUUGCUUUCUCACAGGCCCUCGAGUUGAAGCACGUCGGGCCCAUCAUUCUACUCAAUGGGCAGAGCCUAGACCACAUUCAGGGGGUCAGUCAAUUUGAUAUCGAGUCGGUGGUAGCAUGGGAAGACGAAGUGCAUGUUCAGGCACUCCUUAAUGCUCUGGAUGUACCGGAUGAAACUCGAGAGAGCCGUGCGCAAGUCAUCGAGUUUGCCGUGUCGGUUGUCGGAUGGAACUUUGCCAAGAACUCGGACCAGGAAGGACCCAUGGAAUCCGCACCUCAGAAACGAGACCCAUCGGGCAUGUAUCUUCACAACUCUGACCUGAUGCUGCGCAUGGGCCAAGACUCUGCUCCGAUCCAUAUCACAGGUCUCCUGGAUCCAUUGUGCACGAAUGCGCCGCAGCUCGUUAGCCUGCUGCGGAUGAUGUCCACGUUUAGCUGUGUGCGUAUAUCACUGAUGCUAAACCCUCGCAUUCGAGUACCUUCUUUGCCGUUUAAUCAAUUUACUCGAUUUGAUUAUCGAACUCAGCCACGAUUUGAUGAACACGGUCAGGAAGACAUGCCGAGCUUGUCAUUCGAAAGUUUGCCCGAAAGUUCUGUGCUUACGAUGCAAAUCCAUGCGCCACGCUCGCUUGUGGCGAUGGCCGACGAGGCCGUGUAUGAUCUCGAUAAUAUUCGUCUCGCCGACGUGCAUGGCAGACUGGAUACCGUCUAUUCUGUGAACAGUAUCUUGGUCGAAGGUCAUGCUCGUGCUGAACAUGGCCCUAUUCCAGAAGGACUGCAGCUGGUGCUGUCCAGUGAUGAUCAAAGAUCUCAACUGGAUACCAUUGUCAUGGAGAACCUUGGGUACUUUCAAUUCCGUGCCCAGCCAGGUCGCUGGACUCUCCGCAUUCGGGAAGGACGCAGCCAGGACUUGUACGAAAUGACGAGUGUCGGCGCGCUUGGAUGGUCGAGUCCACCUGUCAGCCAUACGGGUGCGGCCAUAACUCUCGAUACGCUCGAAGGUGUUACCAUUUUUCCCACCUUCCGCAAGCAUAAAGGCAAAGAAAUGGAGGAGCUGAUUUCCAGUGUCGAUAUGGCCGAGUCGCUGACGACGAGCAAAUUCUCUUCGUUGUUACAUCAGGCCGUUUCUUACGUUGGUCAGCUACUUCGUCCUAUGCGUUCAAAGGGCAAACAUGCCGAGAUUAAUGUAUUUACAUUGGCCAGUGGACAUCUAUACGAGCGCAUGACCUACAUCAUGAUUCUGAGUGUGCUGCGUCACACGAAGAGCAGCGUCAAAUUCUGGUUCGUGGAGAAUUUCCUAUCGCCUUCGUUCAAGUCAUUUAUUCCUCAUCUGGCUCAGGCCUAUCACUUCGAUUACGAGUUAAUCACCUACGCCUGGCCAGAAUGGUUGCGCGAGCAGACAGAGAAACAGCGUAUGAUUUGGGCAUAUAAGAUCCUGUUUCUCGAUGUUCUUUUCCCCCUCGACUUGGAUCGGGUCAUUUUUGUGGACGCUGAUCAAAUUGUGCGUACGGACCUCAAGCAACUCGUGGACAUGGACCUGCACGGUGCUCCAUACGCCUAUCCUCCCAUGGGUGACGAUAGUGAAGACAUGGAUGGCUAUCGAUUCUGGAAGCAGGGCUAUUGGAAAAAUGUGCUUCGUGGUCAUCCCUACCACAUUUCAGCACUAUAUGUGGUAGAUCUGAAGCGCUUCCGCUCUAUUGCGGCAGGCAACAUUUUGCGUGUUCAUUACCAGCAACUGACCGCUGACAAAAACUCACUGGCGAAUCUCGACCAAGAUUUACCCAACAAUCUCCAGCCCUUGCUGCCGAUUCAUACGCUUGACAAAACGUGGUUGUGGUGCGAGACGUGGUGCUCUCAUGACUGGCUUCCACAAGCCAAGACUAUUGAUCUUUGCAGUAAUCCCAAGACCAAGGAGCCCAAACUCGAUCGAGCCCGUCGCCAAAUCCCAGAAUGGACUGAACUGGACAAUGAGGUCGCUGCGUUCGCAGAAUCACUGCGUUCACCAUCAUAUUCCACGCCUCAUGAUGAGUUGUGA